GCGUAUGAUUUCCUACACCUGUUUGAGGAGGUUAAUUUUCUGCUUGCAAAAGACAGCUUCCUCUUUCCUCUAUGGCUGCAGAUCAGGGAAGUCAAUGUUAGGCUAUGCUAAACAUGCAUUUUUGGGUUUGGUUGUGGGGUUUUUCAUUUAGAAAGAAAGAUCAAGAUGAAUAAUUUUUAGUUCUUUAAUCAAGAUAUGUCUUUUCUGGUAUGUAGCCACUUGUCCCUUACAGAACUGGCUUAGCAAAGGAAUAAGUAGACAUAGCUCUGUAGCUUCUGUUAUCCAGGAGGGUGGUAAAAUGUCCUUAAAGCCCUUCUUGGCAUCAAGAUAUAGGAGUCUCAAAGUGGUGCUUUGACUUUGAACCUUCAUGCUCAGAAGUAAAAAUGAACAAUAGGCAAUAACAAUAGCAUCAUAUACAGUUACAACCUAGAAAGUAAGAACAGUUGCAGGCUUCAGCAUCAUUUUGUGCGGGAGGAAGUGGGGAAAUGGAAGUUACCAGUGAAUGGGAUUUGAGAAAUGAGCACAUUGCCUCAUUACACAGAAAUUCUGCUUUGUUGGAAGAAAUGGGAAAGGAGGAAUUUCUACAACAGCAGACUGGAAAGUUCUUUCCACUGAAUAUAGUAAUAAUAACAGACAUGGUUUUGUUUUAAGUAGGAGGUGGGAGUUAACACAGGAGUUUAUUUAGCAACAUAGAUUCCUGCACUUUGAUCAUGCGUAAAUAUUUGGCUCUUCUUUAGAAAGAAUAAAAAGCGAUACAGAAAAGCAGCAGAUCAUGCCUUGUGAGCCAAGACUGCCUUCCUCUCUUCAUCUCUUGUGACCCCGUUCUUUCUGUGGGAGAGAUUUUGUCUCUUAAUGCAUUUGCAGAGCACACAGCACUGACUCCUGAAGUCUGACUGAGAGAGAGAACUUCAGCUUUAGGAUCCCAGUAGUGUAUCAGACAUGGUGCUGCAAAGUACUGUCACAGUGUAAAACACAAGCUGUCAGUUCAAGUCAGCCCUGGUGAGUUAACUUUGAAGUGGUAGGCUUCCUACUCUGUUGGCUGGUGUCUUCAUUCCAAUAACUAGCCUCAGGAGCAGAAGGUAAGGAUAUAUGUCAUUUGAGAAAUGCAAACAUAUAUCCCUGUCUGAGCCAGAUCCCAUUUGUACUGCUAGUGCCAGCAGGCUCACCAUUGCCAUAUUGACCAUGGAGGUCCUUGGCUUCAGUUGUCACCUGUCACAGGUUUCACACGGGCUAAGCCUGUAGGAUGCUGCUGGAAUGAGAAACACAGACCAUCAGGAAGAUAAGUCUGAGGGUUAAACAGACAUUCCCUCUGCAGGAAAGACAUGAGCUUCCUCCUAAUGCAGGAGGCAGUCUGCAAAGGCUGAGUGUUGGAUCAGUCACAUCAGCAGGACUAGCAAAGCAGAACAGGGGACAGUCUGUGCCAAAAUCAGGGAAGAAAUCCUGUCUCCAGCCUGUCUCUUUUGCUUUGCAUAGCCAGCAUUGCACAGGUGUUUUAUGUUUAUCACCUCCUGUCCCCAUUUUUUCUGGCCUUACUUUAAGGCACCAAAAGAAGGAAUUGUAAUUGUACAGCAUAUGACCAAUCUGACAUGUCUAGGUGCUUUAGAAUAAAGAAAAAUAAAUUACAUUUUCACUGAGGUUUUUUUUCCGUUUUGGCUUGUGUCUGCAGCACUGUUCAGCUCUUUCAGCUUGAUAUUCCCCAGAGGCGCUAGUUGGCCAUGUCGUAGGCAGGCUAUCCCAUGUGAGCUGUUAAUGUGAAAUCGUGCAGGGCUUUGGUGGUUUUUCUUUUAUAAUCUGAGAGGAUUAUGUGUUGUAAGACCAACCAUGCAGGCAUGUAGGGACAGCUCUAUCUUGAUCUAGGAAGGCACCUAAUAUCUUUGAGAAUAAUCUAUGUCAUCUAAAGAUGAGCAGGACCACUGUCCCCUUCCUUCCCAUCUCUGGGCCUGACACAGCCUUUGUUUCUCUUCCAAGGGUGUGCUAGAGGUUCCAACUCCCCCUGCACCUGAUGUGGCAGAGAAUGACUUUGAGCUGGCCAACCGUACUUCAGUGGAACCUGAAGAAGAAAAAAAGGAGCAUCUUCCAGAAAGCAGACACAAAACACCCCAAAGGAGCUCCAGCAGAGCUCAGGGAACAGCAAAGAAUCCUGCACCUGUUAAAUCCCAGGUAUCUCUUUCUGCAAAGUAUGCUCAGACUAAAAAACAGAGCAAACAGAAUCUCCAGGCCAAAAUUCCCCCCGUGCAGAAUUUUCGUUCAAGAGGACUUGAAGAGAAAAGAGAAGAUGCUUCUGCCACCAAAGACCCAAUAGUGGGGCUUGAGCCAAGAGAGAGGAACAGCACUUCCUGCCUGUCUGCAAUAUCUACACAGAGGGAGGCAGAAGACACCAACUUUGUCUCAAAUGCCAAAGAAUUAGUAGCAGGCGAGCAGCAAACACUGAGCGCUAGAAGGCCUGGAUCUUCCCAGAAGACCAUCAAAGACAGCUAUGAAAAAGCCAAGGAGACGGACAGCCUGUUAAGUGCCAAAGAAUCCUUAACAUCAUUAGGGCCAGAUAUGAAAGGAGAAUGGAACCCCCUUCUGGCAAAGAAGAACAGCUUGAUCCAUGCUAGCAGCAAAUAUAAAUUUGCCACUGCAGAUGAAGUUACCAAUGAAGAAGAGGACCGGCGAGCACUGUGCAAAGCAGCAUUAAUCAUGGGACAGAAAAGACUCAGCGACCGUACUGGAAUGCAAAAAACCUCGUCAAACUCUGCAUCUCUUACUGAUUACAACCAGCUGGGUUUUAACCUGAGAUCAAAUAUCUUCCAAGGUGGCCCACUGGAGAGCCGAAGCUUGAUGAAAGAUUCCUACACCCCUGAUAUAACUCAGAGAGUAAUCAGGGAUCCCAAAAACUGGCACGGAAGGAGGACUGAUGAGCUAGGGAAAUGGCAUCAGAAAAAUGCCUUAAAUCUUAACCUGCAGAAAGCACUGCAGAACAAAUAUGGGAAGAAAAAAAGCAAGUCUUAGAAGAUGAAGGUUCUUGGAGUGCAUUCAGCGAGGGAUCUUUUUCCUGAGCUAUCUAAUAAACCUCCCUAUAAAGCA